ACCAACCAGGGGCAGACUGACAACUCAUGGGGCCCCCAGGGCAAUAGGGGAUCAUGGGGCCCCUGUGUCCUUGCCCAAACUCAAAAAAAAAGCCUAUGAAAAAGGUACCAGGGGCAUCUCAUGGGGCCCCUACUGACCCCGGGCCCUUGGGCAGUGCCCGAGUUUCCAAAUGGUCAGUUCGUCCCUGCAUCCAAUACCCAUCCGCGGGUCUGCAUUUCUCUGUGCGGGUGGUGCGGCUUCAUGGAUUUUCAUGUGGAUCCGCAAUGGCACCACCCGCACAGAUGUGAACCUAGGGUGAUUGCCAAAGCUUAAUUAAACAAGCUGAG